GGCCAACUCCGCCUGCCUGAGUCACGGCAGGGGCUGGGGAGGAGUCGGGGAAAGGCGGCCCCAGCCCAGAGCGCAGCCAGCGGCCGCGGGGAGAGCAGGCAGGGCGGUCUGGGAUCAUGGGGGAGAGCGCGCUGGAGCCCGGGCCUGCGCCUGGGUCGCCGGUGAAGGGUCCCGUGCACGCCGUGACGGUGGUGACCCUGCUGGAGAAGCUGGCCACCAUGCUGGAGGCGCUGCGCGAGCGCCAGGGAGGCCUGGCUCAGCGGCAGGGCGGCCUGGCGGGCUCGGUGCGCCGCAUCCAGAGCGGCCUGGGCGCGUUGAGUCGCAGCCACGACACCACCAGCAACACGCUGGCGCAGCUUCUGGCCAAGGCGGAGCGCGUGGGCUCGCACGCCGACGCCGCCCAGGAGCGCGCGGUGCGCCGUGCCGCCCAGAUGCAGCGGCUGGAGGCCAACCACGGGCUGCUGGUGGCGCGCGGGAAGCUCCACGUCCUGCUCUUCAAGGAGGAGGCUGAGAUCCCAGCCAGUGCCUUCCAGAAGGCGCCAGAGCCCCUGGCCCUGGCCGACCAGUCCGAGCCGGGCCCAGAGCAGCCAGAGGCCGAAGUUGGCGAGAGCUCGGAUGAGGAGCCGGUGGAGUCCCGGGCUCGGCGGCUGCGGCGCACGGGGUUGGAGAAGGUCCAGAGCCUGAGAAGGGCCCUUUCUGGGCGGAAAGGCCCUGCAGCGCCGUCGGCCACGCCCGUCAAGCCGCCCCGCCUUGGGCCAGGCCGCCGUGCUGAAAGCCAGCCCGAAGCCCAACCUGCGCUGGAGGCCGCUGUGGAGCCAGACCCUCCCAAGGACACCGAGGAAGAUCCCGGGAGACCUGGGGCUGCCGAAGCGGCUCAGUUGGAAAUACAGAGUGCCGCCUAGGGCUGGUGCUGCCUGCCCUCUCUGUGUCUGUGCCUUGUCGCAAAGUAAAUUCUUUGAGAGUGCUGCACUCACGCCCAAAUAAGGAGCGAAUCCUGUACCCACAGCCUGCACUGGCCCUCCCAGGUUCCUCACUCUUGCUUGCGCUAAGCUCAAUAAAAGUAAUUUCCUCUAA